AUGGCAACCUCACUCAGCAACUCCGUUGCAUCCCUGGACUCCUCCCUCGGCCUAGUGGACGACUCCAUUGCAAUCCUCGACUCCGGCGUCAGCGACUUCCCCCGUAUGUCCAAGGUCCUUCAAACAACACGACACUUCGAACUCCUCCCCGAGCCCACCAUCCGCGAAGCGCAAAAGGCGCUAACCGACGAAAUCACACCAAGCAUCGCACACCUGCUCUCGCUCGCCUCAAACCACGUCGAAAAGCUCGCCCGUCGCGAAGAAGGUCUCCGUGCAAAAUGCGAGCUGCAAGAGGGGCGGCUCAAUUCUGCGAGCCGGCAGCACCCGGCGCGCCCACAGAGGAGCACUCCUAGUGGAGGAUCACCUGGUUCCGCGGCCAAGGCGCUGGAGCUGAGAAGAUUGGUUCAGAAGAAAGAGCGUCUGAAGUAUGCGGUUGAGCGCCUGGAGCUGCAGAGCACGCAGCGGGAGCGCCAGUUGAGGAAGAGUAUGGCUUUCCAUUGA